CGCUGAAGGAGAGUUCCGGGCCAAAAGAGGGGCGAACAGUUUCCGGGUCUCCUGGAGGCUCAUUCCUUGGCAGGCUAUACCCCACCGCUUUCCCUAUUAGUUCACUCCUACCCGGUCCAGAAGCACAGGUGAUACGAACCCAAACCGGAGCGUGCAGAGCCGAGUUUCAGCGCGGCUGCGCAGGGCACAAGCACAUCCUCGCUGGAGUCUCGGCGAUUGGCUGUGACGUAAUUUCCGGUGUGAGCGGCGAAAGCCGGGAGGGCGAGCGAGAGAGCGAGCAGGCAGUAGGCAGCCGGCUGGCGGGCGGACGGACGGCACGGAGGGAGGGAGCGAGCGAGCAGUGAGUGUGCCAGCGAGGGCGGCCGGGUCCCGAGGGCAGCCGAAAUUCCUCAGGUCCCUCCGGCCCCCUCCCCGGAGCCGACAGCGCCUCCGGUCUCCAGCGGAGCGGACACGGCCCGGCCCGGCCAUGGCCUCGUUGCUGAAGGUGGAUCAGGAAGUGAAGCUCAAGGUUGAUUCUUUCAGGGAGCGGAUCACAAGUGAGGCAGAAGAUUUGGUGGCAAAUUUUUUCCCAAAGAAGUUGUUAGAACUUGAUAGUUUUUUGAAGGAACCAAUCCUAAACAUCCAUGACCUAACUCAGAUCCACUCGGACAUGAAUCUCCCAGUCCCUGACCCCAUUCUUCUCACCAAUAGCCAUGAUGGACUGGAUGGUCCCACUUACAAGAAGCGAAGAUUGGAUGAGUGUGAAGAGGCCUUCCAAGGAACUAAGGUGUUUGUGAUGCCCAACGGGAUGCUAAAAAGCAACCAGCAGCUGGUGGACAUUAUUGAGAAAGUGAAACCUGAGAUCCGGCUGCUGAUUGAGAAAUGUAACACGGUCAAAAUGUGGGUACAGCUCCUAAUUCCCAGAAUAGAAGAUGGGAACAACUUUGGGGUGUCCAUUCAGGAGGAGACAGUUGCAGAACUAAGAACUGUUGAGAGUGAAGCUGCAUCUUAUCUGGACCAGAUUUCUAGAUAUUACAUUACAAGAGCCAAAUUGGUUUCUAAAAUAGCUAAAUAUCCCCAUGUGGAGGACUAUCGUCGCACCGUGACAGAGAUUGAUGAGAAAGAAUAUAUCAGCCUUCGGCUCAUUAUAUCAGAGCUGAGGAAUCAAUAUGUCACUCUACAUGACAUGAUCCUGAAAAAUAUCGAGAAGAUCAAACGGCCCCGGAGCAGCAACGCAGAGACACUGUACUGAGGCCAGGGCCAGAGCCAGGGGACUCUGUGAGUCUGGCUCAAGACCGACAUUGCCUUGGUUUGUUACAUGACUAUCGUGAUGGGGAAACUGGCUGGAAAUAGUAAUCACACCUCUCUGUUUUUAGUUAGAGUCUAAUGAAACUCUCAUCUAGUUCUGUGAUGUGUUUACCUCUUUUUUCAGGCCUCAGGAACUCUUCUAUUUCCUUCCCUAAUACCCCACACCCAACCUGUCCUAAUUUCUGGAGAACUCCAGGUUUGUGUGUGCAGGAUGUUGGCACAAGAAUACUUGUAUUUUCUCUCUCCUCCUCUCUCCCUCCUGUGUCUUGGGCUUUGUGCUUUCUUCAUUUUGAUGAUUAGUUGGUUAGAAGCUGAGGGAAUUGGAAGGAAAGUACUAGGUGUUUUUUAGGAACUGGGGUGACACGGACCAGCUUCUCUCUUCCUUACAUCAGGUUAGUGUUUCUUGCCUCUGUGGGACAUUGAAUCCUCCCUGCCACAGUUGCCCUGGUGAUGAUUUAGGAUUUCCCAUCUACUUACAUCCCACCUUGAACUUGAUCAUGACAAGGAACACCUUAGGCCUUCAGCUUAAUCCCUAUCUCCUUCAGAUGUUUUUAUUAUGGGGAUUUUCACAGACGUGUGUGCAUAUAUAUACCUGUACAGAUGUGCACACAUGCUCCUUACCCAACAUACCCUCUCCCCUCCAUGAUACGGUCCCUGUCACAUACCUUUCAGGAGGUGAUAGUGAAUUUUUAAUGUUAACUACCCAGAUAAAAGUCCUAUGCCCAUCCUCCCUCCUGAUGGUGAAGCUUUUUGGUGCCCAGGGGGAGUUGGAGGACAACCAAGAGGUGAGAAGCAGAGGGACUGGGGAAGGCCUCUUCCUCUGACCGGGGCCCUUUUUGACAUUAUUGCAAAGGCUCCUGUGACUCCUGGUGGUUUUCCCAGGCCAGUUGUAAAUUGGGGUGGGAGUGUCUGCAACUGUGAGGUCCAGAUGCUGCUGCUCCUGUUGGGCUUUCCCUUUGGGAAAUUUUUCUCUUAUUUAUAGUAUUGUGCUUCCAGGGAAAGCAAUCAUUUGUGUGUAUAUUUACACAUACACACACAUAUGCACAUUGUGUAUGUGGAAAUAUGCUGGGCAAAAACCAUAGAAGAGUUGCCUCCUAUCUCUUGAAUCUUCCAGAGAUAUCACUUAUUGUUACAGCUUUCAUGUUAACCCUCAUUGGCCCCCAGCUUUUUCUUCUACCAGUGCUGGAGAGUCAGUAUAUGCAGUCAGCCUGCCAGUGACUCUCAGUGUCUAUUUCUGACUUUUAUUCUUCCCAUCUCUGUCUUCCAAUUCCCAAUCAUAUUUCCAUCUGGGAUGCAUCAUUUUUACUCCCAAUAUUCUGUAGAGAAGGAGUCAGGAUGCUGUCUUCCCAUGAAUAGUACUCAGUAACAAACCAAUUGCAUUUUAGUUGGGCAGUGCCCCCACCCACCCUCCAGAUCCCUUUCAGCUAAAACCCUUCCCUUCCCCCACCAUGUGUUUCUCAGUUUCCCUUUUUGUUUGUUGGAUUGUUCCGCUGCCUCUCCUCACCCUACUACCCUUGAAUUGUAAUGUAAAAUUCUUUUACCAUGUCAAGAAAUUAUUAAAAAUACAGGUACUUUGACCUCUUU